GGGCCGGGGCUGCCAGCUUGGCCCUGGCCUGUCAAGCGACUCAUUGUUCCUGCCCCGGGUGUCACUGGGCGCCGCCGGGGACAAUGUGGCACUGAGCGGGGCGGCCGGCGGUGGAGGGACGAGGCGCACGGAAAGGCUCAUCUCGCCCUCCCGCCAUGGCAUCGCCGGACGGAGCCAGUGGUGUGGGUGGCAGUCCCGAGGAGACGGAGCUCAGCAUCACMCUGACCCUCCGCAUGCUCAUGCAUGGCAAGGAGAUCGGCAGCAUCAUCGGCAAGAAAGGAGAGACUGUUAAGAGGAUACGAGAGCAGAGCAGCGCACGCAUCACCAUCUCGGAAGGGUCCUGCCCCGAGCGCAUCACCACGAUCACCGGCUCCACCGACGCUGUCUUCCGYGCUGUGUCCAUGAUCGCCUUCAAGCUGGAGGAGGACCUGGGAGCAGGGGGCGAUGGGGUGUCAGCACCGGUGACCCUGCGCCUUGUCAUCCCGGCCAGCCAGUGCGGUUCCCUCAUCGGCAAGGCGGGAGCCAAGAUCCGGGAGAUCCGGGAGAGCACAGGGGCACAGGUGCAGGUAGCUGGUGACUUGCUGCCCAACUCCACUGAACGGGCUGUCACCRUCUCGGGGGUGCCAGACACCAUCAUCCAGUGCGUGAGGCAGAUCUGCGCUGUCAUUCUGGAGUCGCCUCCGAAGGGGGCCACCAUACCCUACCACCCUGGUCUCUCCCUGGGCACCAUCCUGCUCUCUGCCAAUCAGGGCUACUCCAUGCAGGGCCAGUACAGUGGGGUCUCUCCUGCAGAGGUGACGAAGCUGCAGCAGCUGUCGGGCCACACGCUUCCCUUUGCACCCCUGGGCCAUGCACCCGCCAUGAUGCCAGGCCUGGAUGCCAGCUCCCAGAGCAGCUCCCAGGAGUUCCUGGUGCCCAAUGACCUCAUCGGCUGCAUCAUUGGCCGGCACGGCAGCAAGAUCAGCGAGAUCAGGCAGAUGUCAGGYGCCCACAUCAAGAUUGGCAACCAGACCGAGGGCUCCAGUGAGCGGCAUGUGACCAUCACAGGGACCCCUGUCAGCAUCACCCUGGCUCAGUACCUCAUCACAGCCUGCUUAGAGACGGCUAAAUCUACCUCCCAGGUGCCACCAGGCCCUGGCUCYGUGGACCUCGGCAUGGGCUUCUCCCAGCCCCUCGCCCCAGGCUCCGGGGCGGCACUUCCCGCUGUCACCCCAGCCCCCCCUGCCCUGCUGGGCACCCCCUACGCCAUCUCCCUCUCCAACUUCAUCGGUCUGAAGCCGGUGUCCUUCCUGGCRCUGUCCCCAUCCUCCGUGGCAGGUCCCAAUGGCGGCACCACCACCUACACGACCAAGAUCUCGGCAGCCAACGGCACCAAGAAAGCCGACCGGCAGAAGUUCUCGCCCUACUGAACCCCACUGGUGYGUGGGCCGGGGAUCCAGGGUGCGGCUCAGUAGCAGGGACACCUUCCUGCCUCCCAUCCUGGCCUCGACCCCUGCCAGGUGCCCCAUGUCCCCCACCCCUGGGAAGGGAAGGGUCUUCCAAGUGGUGAUGACCGCUGCAGGAAGGAGCUGUUUYGUUGCCUGCUGCCCAUCCUAGCAGCGCUGUGCCCCCCUUCCUGAUUUUCUGCACAGAGACCAUGUGUCCUGGUAUUGGGUGGGGGGCUGUCCCUGCUGGCCUAGGGUCCCUUCUCCCAGUGCCCUGUGCUGGUGUCGGACCCCUGCCUCCUGCUCCUCACCCUGCCUGCCCUGCCAUCCUGCUCAUGCCCACACUCCAUCCGGCACCCAAAAGCCAGGUCCCACUGGAUGAGGACUGCCUGGCCUCUCCAGGAGUCCCCCUGCCACUGGCUCUAGCUGGGGGGCCCUUCCUGGGGCCACCCUGGGGCAAUCGUGUCCCAGCAACCCCAUCCAAGAGCCAGUCCCUGCUGGCUUGGAAAUGCUGUAUAUAUAUGAGUCUAUAUUUUUUCCUCCUUUGUAACUUA